AUGGGUGUUAGCAUGAAUAUGCCAGGUUUUGGAAUGACUCAACCACAAACUCAAGUUUCCUACACUCAAACCACAACCACUAAUUACAUGCCAACCCAACAAUAUCCAACCUACAAUAAUUCUCUUGCUAGACAAAUUAUUCAAGCUUGUGAAAAUGCAUCAUUUGAUAACGAUAAGGUUAAGGCAGUUCAAACUUAUUCAUCUGCUCAAUGUUGUCCAAUUAAUGGCGCUGAUUUGGUUACCAUUUUGGAUCUCUUUGGUUUUGACAAUGACAAGAUUACAGUUUUAUCUCAAUUGAGAAAUACUAAUAACAUUUUCCAAAUGAAUUGUAAUGAAGCUGCUCAAGUUUUGGAAUCAUUUGGAUUUGACAAUGAUAAGUUGAAGGCAUUGGAAUUACUUUUAAUUAGUAUUUAUGAUAGAAAGCAACAUGCUGAAACAAUUGUUGGUGGUUUUGGAUUUGAUAAUGAUCAAUCAAAGGCAAGAACUAUUUUAUUGAAAUAA